AGGAAAGAUAGCUCACAGGACGCGCUGCGCCUCAUCGACUGCAAGAAAGAGCCGAAGACAGAAGAAUUCCUAAGUGGUGGAGCUCCAGGGAAGCAUGGUAGCUGAGUACCCUGUGCACGAUGUCUAGCAGUGAGAAGAAGGACGACGAUUUUGCUUACGAGUCUUCGGUCCACGGUGAAAACCUUCUGCUUCGCCUGAACAGCCAGCGGGAGCAGGGCCUGCUCUGUGAUGUGACCGUCGUGGUGGAGGACCUGAGGUUCAGAGCACAUCGCUCCGUGCUCGCCGCCUCCAGUGAUUUUUUCCUAUCGCGCGUCGUGCCGCCGAGCAAUGGCGAGUUGAUCAUAACCCUGCCUGAAGAGGUGACCGUGAAAGGCUUUGUUCCGCUCCUUCGUUUUGCAUACACCUCGAAACUUCUGGUGAACAAAGAUAAUUUAUUGGAAAUCAGAAAGUGUGCCAAGUUCCUGGAGGUGCACGACAUCGAAGAAACCUGUUUCGAGUUCCUUCAGUUAAAAUUCUCGGACCAUAAAACCGAAAGCUCGGAGUGUCCCAGAAAGAAAUGUUGUAAGUCCUUCUGUCCGAAGGCGAGUAAUCAGCGUCAAGCAGAUGAAACCCAGAGAGUGGUUGUACAUGAAGUGGAGGAUAUCUGGAGGGAGGACUUUUCUCAGAACCUCAAAUGUCCAUCGGAGAUCGAAAAUUUAUCCCCAUCCCCGGAAAGUCCGAAACAGCCAUGUGAGACGUUCUGCUUUGCCAGAGAGAAUGCUUCCAACUUCUCCUCUCUCUGCCCAAAAUACAGGAAGUUUCAGAAGGCUUGUAGAAGUGGCAGGGUCCGAUCCGUCAGCACCUGUUCCAGCAACCAAGAAGCUCAGAGUCUAUCACCAGCACCCUCCAGUGAGCCAUCAGAGGGUAACAGUCAGCCAAAAUCUCAGGUGGAGGACCUACCGGUAGGUAAGCCUGACGUGGGACUGAGUGCUCUACCUCCACCGGACACUUAUGUCAUUUAUAAGAACCUCAUGUGCAGCGAGGACAAAAUUGCCCCCCCUGCCGUCUUCCCUCCGUGUUUUCCUUUAGUACCUGGGCUUCCAGACUUCAGUUCUGUGCCUUUUCCAUGUGCUUAUCAGCCAUACAGGAACGUCAACUACAUCGACCCACCUAACAGCUCCAGUCCAGCAGGUCUACCAGAUAGGGGCAGCAAUGAAGCUAGCAACAGUCGGCCGCCUGAUUUACCAAGAACAGACCCAGAGAUGUCUUCCGCCGCGGAGCCGCAACCCAUUCAAGAGCGUAGUAACGUGGAGAGGGAAGUGGCAGAACAUCUGGCGAAAGGUUUUUGGACCGAUGUCUACCGCACUGAAUUUUCAGGUCAACAAGAAAUGGAUUUGGUGACUCCAAAGCAACUGCAGGAAGUGGGCACAGUGGACAAAAGGUCUGAAUGUCCAUGGCUUGCCAUUUCCAUUUCCAACGAGACCCCUGAACGGACCUUCACCACUCUCAAUCCGGUCUCGUGCCCCUUUAUCAACACUAUUAGUAAUGAAGAUUGUGCCACCAGUCCGAGCAGGAACAGCGAGAGCAUGGGGUCGACGCCAGAAAAGUGCCCAUAUGUGUGUCCCAUAAACUUGGAGGAAGAAUCUGAAACGGACAGCGAGGAAGACAGCGGGGGAUCUUUUUCUGCCAAAGAGCUGGAGUGUGAGCAAAAACUGCCAUUCAACGCACAGAAAAUAAUUUCACUCUCGCGAUACGACUUCCAGUCCCUGGUAAAAAUGCACAAUCUGACCUCGGAGCAGUUGGACUUUAUCCACGACAUACGCCGACGGAGCAAGAACAGGAUCGCUGCUCAGCGCUGCCGGAAGAGAAAGCUGGACUGCAUCCAAAACCUGGAGACGGAGAUCCAGAAGCUGCAAAAUGAAAAGCGGCAUUUGCUGAAGGAGAGGGACCAAAUUUUGUCCACACUGGGAGAAACCAAGCAGAACCUGUCCGGUCUGUGUCACCAGGUCUGUCGAGAAGCGUCUCUGAGCCGAGAGCAGAUCCAAGUCCUGGCAAAAUAUUCCAGUUCUGAGUGUCCCCUGUCCUUCCUGGCUCCGGAAGGGGGGAAGCUGCUGCUCCAGUGUGAAGCCGUAUUACAAGAAUUAGCAGGAGGGCUGUUAAACAAUGUGGAGGCUUCCCACCCGCAAGUGAAAGAGGGCUGCAGCAUACAGAGCCCGGGCCAGGUACCAGCUUUACCCCGGCAGUCCAGCGCUCAAGGGGGCAUCGCUGAUACUUGCCAGCAGGUGACUGCUAAAUGCACUACUGAUGAACAAAUGUAGGAUUACUUUUAUUCGGAGGGGAUUUUACUUUUUAACACAAAGCAAUAUUUUAUUUUCCAGUUUUUUUUUUUUUCCAUCUUGAAGAAAGCAAAAAACAAAACAAAAAAACACCUGCCGCCAUCCAAAGUUCAAAGAGAUCUAAAUGUUUGGUCUCCUUUUUGAAAAAUAUUUUUUUUCAGAGUACUCAUGUCUGUAAUGUCACCCUACUUUAUUGUUUGGAAGAAGAGGCAGCCGAAUAUAUAUUAUAUGAUUAUUUCUUGUAAUUUUGUAUAUUGCGUGUCAGUGUAACGUCUCCGGGACUCCCAACCAGGUCAGUAGCACUCCAAACAUUUCUAUUUCCUCCAUAGAAGAACUGCCAUUAUUAACAUGCACUACAAUCCCACCUUAACAAAACACUGUGCCCAUGCUCUUAUUUUUCGGUAAUGUUAUGCAUCCUAUUAUUGCAGUGAGAGAGUGUUUCCAUGUAAGAGCUAAGCCCCUUUCAAGACCGAGGGAAAUGAUAAGUCUGGCUUCCUGCAGCCCCUUCGAGUGAGCUCCUGUGUUCCCCCUAGUGGUAACUUCAGGCAGUCUGGAUUUGUCCAGACAGUAUUUAAAUUUUUUUUUUAAUGGUAAUGGUAAAAAAAUAAAUUAAGUGAUACAUCACCAGUCCCUUGCCAGUGCUUCUCAGAUCCCCUCUGGUCUCUACUUCUUGUUCCCUUUCAACAGCAGAACUACUUCCGAACAUCAUAUUGGCGGGGGCGAUAGUCAGACCCCAAAGAUCUGCUAUUGAUGCCAUCAAUAUCAAAUUACUGGAAACCCCCUUUAAAGAGGUUAUGCAGUGCUAUGUUGAUGACUUGUCCUCAGGAUAAGUCGUCAAUAUCAGAUAGGUGGGGUCCGACUCCCAGGACUGCCGACGAUCAGCUCUAUGAAGGGGUCAUGAUGAUCUUCACUGUUUAACUGCGCGCCGUCUCCCUUUUAGCGGCGGGGUGUAAUUUACAGCUCCUCGUCCCAUUCAAGUGAAAGGGACGAAUGAUUUAAGUUGCACUGCACCGCCGCUACAAGAAGGCGGCGUGCGAUUACACCGUGCAGAGGACGUACAAUAUUAUAGCACUUCACAAAUCCUUUAAGAUUUAGAUAAGAAAAUUUGAGCUCUGAAAUUAGUCCACCCAGAUUAUUGGCCUUAAAAACCACAUGGCUUUAAAAAUAUUUUUGAAUUAAUACAUUGGACUUAUUUUUGGGCUAAAAUCAUCAAUAGGUCUUAAUUAAAAACGUUUUCCUGUUUGUUCUCUACAGCCUGCACCUUUCUCAGAUAGUUUUGGCUGCUCUGUGUCCACCAAGAUCAAAUCUGUCAGAGGCUUGAACUGUAACCGUUACCCCUGCCCUCCUGAGAGCUCGUAAACACCCAUUUAAGCUGAGUUGUUAUCAGUUUGAUAAGAAUUCAACUUAAAUGAGGGCGAGCGCUCAGGAAUGCAGAAAUGAGGGUUAGAGAAUAAGCUUGUCAGGUGCAUACGCAGGCAGACACUUCCAUCCAAAAACUUUUUUCAGCACAUAUUAACAACCUAUAUGUGAAUAUUCUAUGCAAUUUUUUUUUUUUUUUUUUAUUCAAAAAACAUGGGUGGAUGGUUUUCUGGAUAUAAUUUUUUUUCAAAGUCACUUGAUUCUACUUCCUGUCCAGGCUCUUUAACUUCCUCUUUGUUUGGACUUUUAGCACGGCAGGCAGCAGUCUGUGACUGGAGAGAGCCUCCCUGUGGUGACUCCAUUAGAGCAUCACACAUUACUCCGAUCAAUGCAAUGCUUAUCUGUGGGCCUCUUUAUGUAGGCCGAGAACAUUAUCCCAAUUCUACACCUACUAUUAUGAGGAUUACUCUUCAGAUGACAUCUUCCCCUCACAGCAGUAGUAAACUGAUAAUGGUGUCACUACCAAUAUAGGAGUUUUAUCUCUCUGUGCUGACUGCCACAGAAGUACAAUUUGUGUAUAAAAAACAGCCAAAACAUUUUUUUUUUUUUUUUUUUUUUUUUUAGUAA